UCCUUAUCUCCCACAAACACUUUUACAUUUUCCCCGAACAGUUGCAUUUAUUAAAGGGGUUUCAAGAGAGAAGAACUAUGAAGCUCCUCCUUGUGAUCUUUAUCAUCCACGCCAUCUUUGGCCCCUGCUUUUCCUUUGAUGUACCGGGAAAGGAUCUUCCUCUUACCCUAGAUUACUACAAGUCUACUUGCCCGACCGUAUUUGACGUUAUCAGGAAAGAAAUGGAAUGCAUAGUGAAGGAAGAUCCUAGAAAUGCAGCCAUACUUAUUCGUUUACACUUCCACGACUGCUUUGUCCAAGGGUGUGAUGCAUCGGUGUUGCUUGACGAAACAGAGACAUUGCAGGGAGAGAAGAAAGCUUCUCCAAACAUAAACUCAUUGAAGGGAUACAAAAUUGUAGACAGAAUCAAGAACAUAAUCGAAUCCGAAUGUCCUGGAGUUGUUUCUUGCGCUGAUCUUCUCACAAUUUCUGCUAGAGAUGCUACAAUCCUGGUUGGUGGACCUUACUGGGACGUUCCUGUGGGAAGAAAAGAUUCAAAAACAGCAAGCUACGAGCUGGCGACAACGAACCUUCCAACUCCUGAAGAGGGUUUAAUCAGCAUCAUCUCUAAAUUCUAUUUUCAGGGUCUCUCUGUUGAAGACAUGGUCGCCCUUAUAGGAGCUCACACGAUCGGGAUGGCACAGUGCCGGAACUUUCGAUCGCGGAUAUACGGAGAUUUUCAGGUGACGUCAGCACUUAAUCCGGUGUCGGAGACGUAUUUAGCGAGCCUACGAGAGAUUUGUCCGGCGAGCAGCGGAGAAGGUGACAGCAACGUGACGGCGAUCGACAACGUGACGCCGAAUCUCUUCGACAAUUCGAUCUACCACACGCUCCUGAGAGGCGAAGGGUUGCUGAAUUCGGACCAGGAGAUGUACACGAGCAUGUUCGGGAUACAGACGCGGCGGAUUGUGAGCAAGUACGCGGAGAAUCCGGUGGCUUUCUUCGAGCAGUUCUCGAAGUCGAUGGUGAAGAUGGGGAAUAUUUUGAAUUCCGAGAGUUUCGUCGAUGGAGAAGUUAGAAAAAAUUGCAGAUUCGUGAAUACAUGAAACAUCCAUUUAGCAACCGAAACUAUUUUAAAUACUUUCAAUUAUCACGGCCCAUAACGGCCCAUAACGACCGAAACUAUCUAGAUGCAGUUAGUUUCUAUGAUUGGUUUUUGCAUUCUAGAAAAUGCAUUCUUAUGAUACGUUAUUCAUUAUAAAAAAAAAAUUGAAAUCGAUUUUCU